AUGGGAAGCGUAAAGGCAUAUUCUAUAAACAUUGACACACAGACCAGCUGCUGCUCCUCUCUACGCCAGGCCAUCAGUGCUGCGGUGGGUGUCGACUGUGUUGUGUCGGUCUCCAGUCACAUUCAGGUGUUGGCGCGACGGACAGCUCGGGAAAUCCAGGUGAAACUCAAGUUUUGGCACGGAGCUCUCGCAGGACAAACCACAGGUCCUGAAGACAUCAAGCCGUUUUCUCAACAAAACUUCGUCAUGCAGGCCAACGGUCCUCUGCCUAUAACAGGUUAUGAAAGCACUACGGGUCUGUCGAUGUCCUCCAGCGCGCCGCCCUGGCAGGGCCGAAGCAUCGCCAGCUCCAGACUGCGCAUGCUGGAGUAUUCCGCUUUCCUGGAGCAACCUCAGGACCCAGAGACUGUCAACAAGCACCUGUUUGUACACAUCGGUCAGUCCAACCCCACGUAUAGCGAUCCGUACCUCGAGGCCGUGGAUAUACGGCAAAUUUACGACAAAUUCCCAGAGAAGAAAGGAGGACUGAAGGAGCUGUUUGAGAAAGGACCGGCUAACGCUUUCUUCCUUGUAAAGUUCUGGGCGGAUCUGAGCAUCAACCUCCAGGACGACAGCAGCUUCUUCUACGGCGUAUCCAGUCAGUAUGAGAGCUCGGAAAAUAUGAUCAUCACCUCCUCCACUAAAGUCUGCUCGUUUGGGAAACAGGUGGUGGAAAAGGUGGAGACGGAGUACGCGCGCUUUGAGAACGGCAGAUACGUCUUCAGGAUCCAUCGAUCGCCGCUGUGUGAAUACAUGAUCAACUUCAUCCACAAACUCAAGCAUCUACCAGAGAAAUACAUGAUGAACAGCGUACUUGAAAACUUCACCAUUCUGCAGGUGGUGACCAACAGAGACACUCUAGAGACAUUGCUAUGCAUCGCGUACGUGUUUGAAGUGUCCACCAGCGAGCACGGAGCCCAGCAUCACAUCUACAGACUAGUCAAAGACUGAGAGCGAGCGUCUGCAGCUCACUGAUCUACAGACGCCGCAGCGCCCCCUCCUGGACGCAGCCCAGGCUCCUGAAGGGGUCCCGAGGACACGCCGGGCACAGGACUCUCAGAGGCACAAGCAGAGAAUCUGCCGCAACGGCAAAUCUGAAUGUCAUGACAUUUGUAUUUUUUCUUUUGUAUAAUGAGAACGAAAUGCAUGAGAAAGUUCUUUGGUUUUUCUUCAUUUCAUCUCAUUUUAGCCCCUAAGUGUUUGUUUUAGUGUUUGUUACUCUGGGGGUGAUGGUCACCUAUUUUUUUACAAACCAAAAGUGGACAAACAGUAGUUUUUCUUCAUAUAUCAGGACAAACGUGAAUAGCAAAUGACAGAAUGUUUAAGUGAUGUGUUUUUUCGUAGAUUUGCUACAUUGUAUUUAUCAGAUGUAUUCUUGAAUGUGGAAAACUUAAACUUAAAAGAGUCUAACGUGAAAGAAACUGAUCUGAGGAAGCCGGAAGAUUCUGGGUUUUUCUCCACAACAAGGGCUUGUAAAAAACAGACAUGUAACUGCGUAUUUUACCUGACAGCAGAAUCAGGCAGUCAGAAACAGUUUGAUAUUUGGAAUAAAG